AUGCUUGUACUCGUUGGUCUGCUCGUGUGUUUACAAUGCUCAGCUGCAAAUUCGGAUAGAUGGUGCGAAUUGAGACUGUUUUGUCCACAAAAAGGCUUCUUCACAAAUCCUGAGGUAAUGGAAUUGAUCGAUGGUUAUAUUUUUGAUUUGAGAACGAUUGAGGCUAAUGACGACACCAAAGAGCCCUGUGGUUUGGCAGCCAAAACAUUUGAUGGCCUGAUCAGUUUGAUACACGAUAAUCGACUGGUAUACAAAAACGAGUUGAUAAAUCAGUUCAAAAUUAAUACAUAUAUUUUCAUGGAUGUGCUUGGGUUUGCGGCCAAGUGUGCAGGUUUCUAUUCAUUACUGCAUGUCCUGUUGGUUAUUGGAGAGAUAUAUUACAAACAUGCAGUGGAUAAGGCUGUCGAGCUGAUACAGAAUGAACCGAAGAAUGAAACACCGAAUUUCUUUAGAACGUGCAAGCACGUUUUUAGGAUUUGCAGUUUUUCAGACAAAAUUGAGAUUUGGAGAAGCCACAAAACGAAAAUGGAACUCGUAUUCAGGGAUAUCUUUCGAAUGACACCUCGCAACGGGAAAAAUAAUGAACGAAAUUGCGUGUUGAAUUGAUGAAAUAGGACUCGCUUUUGAAGUUUUGCAAGAAAGCGUGCCUAUAAAUGAUAAGUAAACUUAGUAUAUGAGGUAAAUAACCGAUUUCGUGUCAAAAAGUAAAUCGUAUAUUUAUAAGAAAGCAUACGAUCAAUGAAGCAAAGCAAAAGUAAAGUUUCUC